GUGAGGAGCGUCGCGCGGCCCCACACGCGCCGGGCUCCGUUUGCAGGCCACAGCCCUGCAGGGUGGCCCGCCCGUCCGUUGGCCUCGGGCAGCUGCGGGGCGCGCUGUUGCCGGGCCGCUUGGGGGCAGCGGCAUGAAGGUCACGUCGCUCGACGGGCGCCAGCUGCGCAAGAUGCUCCGCAAGGAGGCGGAGGCGCGCUGCGUGGUGCUCGACUGCCGGCCCUACCUGGCCUUCGCCGCGUCGAGCGUGCGCGGCUCGCUCAACGUCAACCUCAACUCGGUGGUGCUGCGGCGGGCCCGGGGCGGCGCGGUGUCGGCGCGCUACGUGCUGCCCGACGAGGCGGCGCGCGCUCGGCUGCUGCAGGAGGGCGGCGGCGGCGUGGCGGCGGUGGUCGUGCUGGACCAGGGCAGCCGCCACUGGCAGAAGCUGCGGGAGGAGAGCGCCGCGCGCGUCGUGCUCAUCUCACUGCUGGCCUGCCUGCCCGCCGGCCCGCGGGUCUACUUCCUUAAAGGGGGAUAUGAGGCCUUCUACUCACAGUAUCCUGAGUGCUGUGUGGAUGUGAAGCCUGUUUCACAAGAGAAAAUUGAAAACGAGAGAGGCCUCCUCAGCCAGUGUGGAAAGCCCAUUCUCAGUGUCACCUCCAGACCAGCUUACGACCAGGGUGGCCCGGUUGAAAUCCUUCCCUUCCUCUACCUUGGAAGUGCCUACCACGCAUCCAAGUGUGAGUUCCUCGCCAACCUGCACAUCACAGCCCUGCUGAAUGUUUCCCGCCGGACCUCUGAGGCCUGCACUGCUCACCUGCACUACAAAUGGAUUCCUGUGGAGGACAGCCACACCGCUGACAUUAGCUCCCACUUUCAAGAAGCAAUAGAUUUUAUUGACUGCGUCAGGGAAGGAGGAGGCAAGGUCCUGGUCCACUGUGAGGCUGGGGUCUCCCGGUCACCCACCAUCUGCAUGGCUUACCUCAUGAAGACCAAGCAGUUUCGCCUGAAGGAGGCCUUCGAUUACAUCAAGCAGAGGAGGAGUGUGGUCUCCCCCAACUUUGGCUUCAUGGGACAGCUUCUUCAGUAUGAGUCUGAGAUCCUGCCCUCCACACCCACCCCCCAGCCUCCCUCCUGCCAAGGGGAGGCAGCCAGCUCCUCGUUUAUAGACCACUUACAGACACUGAGCCCUGAUAUGCAGGGCACCUACUGCGCAUUCCCUACCUCAGUGCUGGCACCAGUGCCCACCCACUCCACAGUCGCAGAGCUCCACAGGAGCCCUGUGGCCGCAGCCACAUCCUGCUGAGACUGUGAUUGGCCACCAGCGAAUCCCCAAGAGCAACUGUGAUUUUUGUUUUUUAAACUCAUGGACAUUUCAUGCCCGUGCAAUACUGAAGACCUCUCCCAGUGAGAUGGAGAGUGAUCACCAGGCUUGCAGAUAGAUGCACUUCAGACUAGCCCCGAGCAUGGGUUCUCAGGGCCGUGGGGAGGCCAAGCCAUGACGAGCACAGCGCGUGCUGACUACUGUACGUCCAAAACCCUACCCACUCAGGACUGCCCAGUCCUUGCACCUCAAAAGUUCGCCUUUUCAUUUCAGGCAUAAGGCAAUAAAUACUGCUGCAUAGUGGGAGGAGACGCCACUGGGCCGGGCGAGAAGGCAGUGGCAGAGCCAACUCAUUUAAAAGGAAGCACAAUUUUCACUCUAGUUUUUGAACUUUGGCAAACUUUGUCUGUUGCUUCAAAGAAUAAAGCUGGUCACCAUCCGGUCAGAAAAGUGAACCCGGCUAACUUUUCUGCUAACAGAAGUACUUGCCACUCUGAACCCCCAGGCUGUUCCUCAGACUCUGUCUUGGGUCCCGUGAAGGCUGAAGGAGAUACCUGCUGACUCAUUGUUUCCACUAAGGGUUUCUUACGACCUCGGACUUCGGCGUGACUUUUAUACAUACUUGAACCUGUCCCGUUGUAUCUCUCUUUAAAGCAACUCUGGUGUCACUCAAAAAGAUUUCAGACCCUAGACCAAAAAAUCACCCCUUUGAGGUGGUGGCGGUAAGUGCCUGGAGAAGGGGCGUGCGCUGCGUUCUGGGUCCGUGGCAGGGACAGUUCUUCCUCAGUGUAGUGUCCCGUGUGCUUACUUGUCGUCCACUGUGACAUUGUUUCCCUCCCUGCCCCUGGGGAGUUGUCUACAAGCUACUGAUUCUGGGAUUUGCAUCUUUUGCAAUGUGGUACUUCUGUUCUUCGGUAGAUUGUUUUUCCAGGGGAAAGGCAAUAAAGUCCCCCAAACCCAUGUGAAUGUGAAGAAAAGCAGUAUGUUGCUGGUUGUUGUUUUUUACAUAGUGCAGAAUAAAAACGAUAAAAA